CUUGAAAAACAUUAUCAAUUUGUCCAAUUUACAAUUUGUGUUUAGGUCAUUCGUUGUUGAAAGUUUCGAGUUGUAUCAGUCUUUGAAUAAUGCAAACAAUAUACCGCUUAAAAGAACCACAAAUUGACAGGGAAGAGGACGUCAGGACAAUUAUACAGACGUUUCUUUUUCAGUUCUCGGAGAAGGCGUACGGUGGGCCUUCGUUCAAUCGCCCGGCUUGCUGUUUUGCGCCGCAUAUUUAUGGAGCCGGCAAAACAUUUAGCGUGAGUGUUCCCAAUGCACAGACUUUUCAACAACUACACAGUUCAAACGAUAACCCCCAACCGAGUGAGUUGAAAGUGCCUUGGAAACACUUUGCGGAAAACACUUUGUCAGUUAUCUUAGAACUAAGAGAGAGCUUUUCUGGUGCUCCUUUUCCAAGUUUUCUAGAGGCUUUGAUGUAUAACAUAGUUUUGGCUGCUUAUCGACAAAAUGUUGAAUUUACGGACGCUCUUCAGAUGGCUCAGAGGACGGUAAAGAAUUUUGAUACUGUAGGAGUUGUUCAUUUUCUUCUCGAACAGUUUCAGAAACAAUAUUUAUUUUUGAUGAUAGACGAACUUAGCCACCUGAGUUACCUCACCAAAUACUAUAGUGAACUUACCGAGAAACAAUUUAUCGAGCCCGAUGCAGAAUAUGUACCUUUCCGGAAUUUUUUCCGUUUUUUACGUGAUUUGUUGAUUACAGGGAAGGUAAUUGUCUAUUUGGCAGGCAGGACAUCUCAAAUCUCAGCCCGUAUGUCUGAUGCUCGCUCCAGUAGCAUGAGCCUCGAUAUGUUGCGAUUGAAUCCUUUUAACCUCAACGAUAUUAAUGAAUAUCUUGAGCUGGCAAUUUAUAGUGGAAAGACCUUGAAGGACUGGUUAUUGCCCUCAGAUGGCUUGCAACAUCGAUUCGCAGAAUUAUUAAAAAAGAAGACAGGAGGUAUUCCGUUGAUUUUAAAGAAUACUUUAGUAGCCCUAGCAGAGAAAGCUGCAGACUUGUCGCAACCUGUUAUCAACGAUGACAAUAUGGAAAGUGUGUUAGAUGAUAUUUUUCACUCUGUAGUACGAAAGACAACAACGUUUAUUGUUCCGGAGAUAUUAGAUUCUGCAACCCUUCUUCGAUAUCAAUUUGUUCUUUUCAAUUAUCAGCUCGGGACAGUUUUUCCAAUCAACUUUGCAAUUGCUCUAUGUGGAACGACAACUUAUUUGAUGGAUUUGGUUGCAACUUUUGGGUUUUACUCUGAAGUUUUGGGCGAGGAAUUCAAGAUUGGUUGUUGUGAGUUUAUAUUGCGAGCUCAUAGCAACUAUAAAUUUUUCCGUGAGGCUACUGAACUUUUUCCUUUAUCUCCGUUUAGUUAUAUUCCCGACACUUCAACAGCAAAAGGAGUCUUCUUUGAAUUUGUAUUUAUGAAGAUCUUUCGCUUUCGCUUAUUAACUUUUCUUCAUUCUAAUUCCUCGCCUAUUGUACAUUCUGCUAUUCCAGGAAUUUUCCAGGGUUCUUUUAUUGAACAGGACAAUGUUUCUUAUUCUAUGGAAUCAACAAAAUCUUAUGAUAUACCCAUCUUGAGAAAUGUCUCUGGUUCAUUUUCUGAUUAUUAUGGGGAUUAUUUACAACGUUGUGGUAUUUUUGUUCCGAAAGAUGGCAAUUCUAGUGGUCCUGAUGCAUAUGUUGUAUUCCAUAAUGGACAAACACGUUAUGUUGUUGGAUUUUCAUUCAAAUUUUAUCACAAAACUGAAUUUUCGAAAACAAAUAUUGAGGAGGAAGCCGAACAAUUUUUUAAGGGAGUUGUUUCCGUUUUGAAUGACGAAUCUUUUUCAUCUGUUCAACUUCGUUUUCAGUUUGUGGUAGUAUGUACUAGAUAUGAUCAAUCUGUAGGUUUCUCUACCGAAGAACAUAAUAUUGUUGAAGAUGCAAGUGGUUUUGUGACUCAACAUUCUUCGGGAUCAACUUUGAAUGAAAGUAGUCGAUCAUGUCUGCAAUUGGUAAUUGUUUCUCAAAGGAACCUUGAAGUGUAUUUGGGAAGAGAUAAUGUCGAAACGUUGAGGAAAAUUGGGGAAGCAAACCGAGGAGAGUUUUCUAAAGACUUUUCAGUAUGGUGUGAAACUGUUUUUGAGUCGAUGUCCAAUGAAUAUGUUUCAUCUUUGGAAACGGAGCAAUCAAAUGUUACUUCAAGAGUGACUCGAAAUAUAAGACCGAGAACAAAUGAGGAGAAUAGGAUGCAAAUGGAAGAGCUUCAAAGUGCUAUGCAAGUGGAAGGAGGAGAUGCACGAGGCGAACAAAGUGUUGCAGCAUCGAGUUCUUCGUCAUUCGAUUGGAAUACUUUCCUAAGAGAAUAUUGUGGGUUCACGGAAGCUUCGUUUAUUGAGCGCUAUGCACGUCAACUGCGUGUGUUUAGUCCAAAAACCUUUCCAUAUUUGGACGACUCUACUUUAUUAACCUUUGGUGUAGCGCCUGGAGACGUCAUUCUGAUUCUUCGUGGCAUCCAUGAGUUUCUUGAAAAGGAGAUGAAGCACUGAACCUGGUCUUACUGGAAAAUGCUUACAAAAGGCUUCUUUUUCUAAUCUCCCUCAUCGAAAUAAAGUCUUGAGAAUUUUUUUUAUUUUCCAACUUGCGAGAGCGGUAUUGUUUGAACAUUAC